GAAUUGUUUUUGGAUCACUUUUGGUGAAAGUAAAAGAGCUUGGGUGUUGAGUAGACCUGCCCUCCUCGUUUUGCUGAACGUUUCCUCUUUCUUUCUACCACAUGCUGUGUUCCUGCGUUAUUAGUCUGCGUGUCACACCGAUCGGUUCAACAGUCGCAUUCUUUUCGCGUUCAGCUGUUGAUGGACAUUUUUUUCUUUCACUAGUGCUGCUUAGACUCCUAAGGUGCGCCAGAUCUUUACCUGGAUGGAAAAAGGAUUAGAAUGAUCACACCGAGUUCCGUACAAUGACUCGAUUUCUUACUAAAUGAGAGGAGUCAUGGUCUGAGCACAACAAUUGCUCCAAUUUAGGGUGUGUCCGGCGGACUGUUACUACUACGGUAUGCAGGAUGGGCCAAACUCGCUCUGAUCUCGCGCACAGCUCCUCCGCCUCCAACUCUGGUAGAGCGACGUGGAGAGCCGAGGAGAAAGCCCGACGGCUCCCCAGGUUGCGGAACAAAGGUGAGCCACCGAACAAGAACCCGAUGAAAAACAAAGUUCUGGCUUGCUUGGGAAGAAGAAAGCGAUUCCAGACCGAAGUGGAGGUUGGUGGCGGAAACGAAGCCGCAGAUCCAGCAUCGAGCAGCGGCCACAGAGUGGGAAAGUUGCCGCGGGACGAGGUUGCGUGGGUCGUUGGGGAAUAUCAAACAGAAGAACCGGGCUGUAACGAGGCAGAAUAUGGCCUAGAAUGCGAGGACGGUAGACGAAGUGCCGUAGGGUGCUCGGCGGGUCCAGCUGCUGUGUCACGCUUGGAAACGCAAAGCAGUGAAGUUAGCAUUGCGGGCUACGAGGAGCCGAAACCCGCGCGGGAGGACAAUGCCUCGGAUCCCCCACCAAGGGCCAUGGAAGGUAAACCACACGGUGGAAGUAGUCAGGAUUGCACCGUGUCUAACGUUGGGGUACUGACUUGCAAUAAUCUGAGUUUAGCCCCCAUUCUGACCUCUGACCCGGACCCCCAACAAAGUUUGCCCAGCUUGAACUCGGAAAAGCGCGUGGACGGGGUUCUGUCCACGCCCGAUGAUCCCCUCGAGGCUAAAAUGACUAAAACUGACUGCAGCUCAAUCACGUGUCGAUCGAACCAGGGCGGGAUCCCCAACAACUGCCUCACUGAGACCCAAAACAGCUCUGAUCAGAUCCUCAAGAGUCCACCAGAAGGCCCACGUUUUUUCCCAGGAGCCAUACCGAAGCUGAUCAUAACAAGAGACCCCAGUCCGACCCGCUCGGCGGGGACGCCAGACCUGCUGAGCGUGCAGCAAACGGAGCUCAGCUCGGGCUCCUUUCUGGAACUGCACCCCGACGACGAGUCUCCCUGCUCGGACAGCGGCUGUGGAGGCUCCCCCGCUCUCACUCGCAGCUUCAGGAAGCUCUCCAACUCCUCGUCCAUCUGCCUGUCUUCUGCCUCGUCCUUCGAGGAGUCCGAGGACGACUUCACCGGCAGCGACAUCGAGUCCAGCCUGUCUCCUGCUCGGCCUGUGUGCAGCCCGGAUUACGCCACAGGGGCCAAGUCCUGGCAGAAGCUGAAGACCAUGGUUCAUUGCUCCCCGUUUGUCGUGUCCUUCAAGAAGCGUUACCCGUGGGUGCAGCUAGCUGGCCAUGCAGGUAACUUCCAGGCUGGAGAAUAUGGACGCUUGCUGAAGCGAUACUGCGAGUGUGAGCAGCUAUGUCUGCAGAAACUAAUGAAAGACACUCUGCGACCUUAUGUACCUGGGUAUUACGGUGUAAUCCAGAAGGAUGAGCAGGAUUAUAAUCUGAUGGAUGAUCUGUUGGCUGACUUUGACUCUCCCUCCAUCAUGGACUGUAAGAUGGGAAGCAGGACGUACUUGGAAGAGGAGCUAACAAAAGCCAGAGAACGUCCACGCCUGAGAAAGGACAUGUAUGAGAAGAUGGUAGCAGUGGACCCCGAGGCCCCCACAGAAGAGGAACGGGCCCAGCAGGGUGUCCUGAAACCCCGGUACAUGCAGUGGAGGGAGACGCUCAGCUCUACUGCCACACUGGGUUUCCGCAUUGAAGGCAUCAAGAAAGCAGAUGGAACUUGUAACACCAACUUCAAGAAGACAAAGCACAAAGAGCAAGUGAUGCAGGCCCUGGAGGACUUUGUUGAUGGGAAUGUUCAGAUUCUGAAAUUGUACCUUCAGAGGUUGGAGGAACUACGCUCAGCCCUUGAGCAAUCUCAGUUUUUCAAAGCACACGAGGUUGUCGGCAGCUCUCUGCUGUUUGUGCACGACGCCUCAGGCAAGGCCAAAGUGUGGAUGAUUGACUUUGGGAAGACCGUCCCCCUGCCUGACUCUCAGACGCUGGACCACAGAACGCCCUGGUCGGAGGGGAACAGGGAAGAUGGCUACCUGUGGGGACUGGACAACCUCAUAAGCAUUUUCAGCACUGUGCUCAGCCAGACGCCGUGAGGGGCAAGCAAGACUCACUUUGCCACAGGAAUCGAUGCCCAGUUUGUGGAGGAAAAUCAAGUUAGCAUGAAAUUGAGGAAUGAUUUGGAGAUCUUGCAGUUUUUGUGGAAUUUUUUUGAGGCUUUUAUCUAAAUGUUGUACCUACUUAUGUAAGGAGAGACAGCAAAGAAAAGCAGGACUUUUGUCACUUUCAGCUAACGAGGUCGAGGGAAGAUACGGAGCUUUGAGGACAAGUGAAAUCAGUGGAAGUCAGAAGAAAAUAAGACUUUAAAGUUGAACAUUUGUUACACAUACUUUACUUUUUUUUUGUUUCCUGAGAACACAAGGCUUUGAACCAAUGGACUUCUGAAAAUCAACCCCCCCCCCCCCCCCCCC